AUGGAAGCCGUUGGUUCAUCGCCGGAAACCGUGGAGGUUGCCGGCGCGUCACCCAAUGCUCCGACUACGUCGGACCAGGCGACGGCUCAACGCAAAACGGGCAAACGUGAUCGUGUCGCACUGGCGUGCCAGCGAUGCAAGACACGAAAGCAGAAGUGUGAUGGCCAGCGGCCAGCUUGCGCGUCGUGCGCGCGGCUGUCGUUGAAAUGUGUCCCCCUCGUCCCCGCUGCGGGUGAGAAGAAGCUGUACAUCAAAGCCUUGGAACAAAGGGUUGCGGAACUUGAAUCGGCCCUUGCAUCCCUAGGGCAUCUCGGAGUUGGUAAUGAUCAUCUCAGAGGCAUGCUAGGUGCAUCAUCUUCUUUCUCACAGCAGGCUGGUGUGUCGGGUAGCCCGUCUGGCAUUGGCUCUCAACAGUUGCGACAAGACUCUGAAGACGAUGGCAACGACAUUCUCAAUGCUGUACGAGACUUGUCAUUAUCCGCCUCUGGGCAUUAUGUUGGGGCUUCAUCAAACAUCACUAUUGGACGUGUUCUGAGCUCUGUGGUUCAUAGCCAGAGGAACACAGUGAACCCGGGCAUCGACGACCUUGGAGCCCAAGACGAAGAUGACCCGGCCCCUAAAUCUGUUUACUCAACGAGGCUCACCGACGUCGUUGGAGAACCGUUUCUGAGCCCAAACGUCGCCCACAGAUUACUCGAGGGUUGGUUUCGACACACUGCAACACGCUAUCCCGUUCUGCAUACGGCGAAUGUGAUGGAUCUUCACAACAAUAGGGAAAACCUGGCCAACGACUACGAUAAAAGUAUACUUCAUCUCAUAUACGCUAUCAGUGGCCGGUGGCUCGAGUCCGCGGGAGAAAUGGGUCAUUUUUUCAGUGAUCAGCAUUAUGAUGCGGCCUUUGAAAACAUGGACACGAUAUUACAGCUUCGUGACUCUCGAACUGUGGACUACCUUUUACUGAUGGCUCUCUACUGCACGAGGGCGCCUAGAGAUCCAGGAGCUUGGACCUACGUGCGAGCUGCCAUGCAAUUAUGCAUAGAACUUGGUUUGCAUCGUCGUCCGAGGCGACAAGUGUCAAGCGUUGAAGGGGAAAUGCACAAGCGCCGCUUCUGGACGACAUAUUUUCUGGAUCGGGACAUAUCAAUCGCCAUUGGGAGGCCACCAAGUAUAUCGGAUCAUGACAUUGAUGCAGACCUUCCUCUUGACAUCAACGAGGAUACACGAAGUGAUGAUAUUGUCCGUCAGGCGGCGAUCCACGUCAGCAAUAUUCCCUCGAACCCAGCGACCACACUGACUUCCUUCAUACAUAGGCUAAGGCUCAAGAGGAUAGAGUCUGAGAUACAGCAUGUGGUCUACAGGGUCGACCAGUCAGAAAAAGUCACCGAUGCUACGAUACGCUCGUUCUUGGAUCAACUCAAUUUGUGGAACGACUCUAUCCCGUUUGAAGCUCGGAACUUCGCCCACCAACCAAACACGGCAUAUGACGGCCUAGAGUUCUAUACCAUCCAUUAUCAUCGUUGUGUCCGUUUCUUAUUAUACCCGUCACUCGCCGAAGUACCUGUCAACAUGCAUUACUUAAAAUUGUGUGCAGAUGCCUGUGCAGGCAUCAUCUCAGAUUAUAGAAGGUUGCACCACGUCUUUCCGGUUGGAUUCUCUGCAUUGAGCAUACAAUCUAUGUUUUUGGCAGGUCUAACGCUUAUUUAUUGUGCGUGGCUUGCUCCUGUAAACUACAUCAGCGUCGACGCGCCAUUAACGGACUGUCAAUUAUUGCUCUAUAUUGUGACUGAGCGGUAUCCGUCGGCUCGUAAAUAUAGAGACGUAUUCGAGCGCAUCAAGAGGGCUAUCCUGGACUUGAUCGCUCAGGGAAAACAUGAGCCUCGAAAUCCCGUUCACCUGGAGCCAGCCGUUCAGGAGAGUGUCAGCAAAUUCCAGGGCCAGUGGGGAGGAGGCAUGGCCGGGAUGGGGUCUGACUUCUCAUUCAUGAUCAACACCAUGACUGGCAACGCUGCGGCGACCCCGCCCUUUGACAUCGGAAUGGACCCUACUGCAACUUCUCUCAUUGGAAGCCAGCCGCAGCAGGCAUCGGAUCUAGGCCAAUUCCAGCAGAUGUGGCAUGGAAUGCCACAUGUACCGGACGGCAUGGGUGAUCUGCGAGGGAUGUUUCAAUGA